GCACACCCGCCACGUGACCCCCGAGCGGACCAACCAGUGACGCGGACGGCCACAACACACCAAGCGUGGCGACAGUUUAGACAGGACGGCGAAUGAACGAAGAAGCCAUUUUGUUGUGGUUGUGCACACGGCACGCAGCUCUCGACUCCGACAAAUCAGGGUUCAAUCCGCGAAAUAAGACUUGCCACAACCCCUAUAUAAAGCCUAUAGAGGCCCGCAAACUCGCAGGUACUUCAGUCGUCUCGACAAUUUGGUGAGGAUAGUUUGGAACACUUUCUGAACGUUUUGUGAAAGUUUGUGAACAAGUUUCCCACCCAGAAAGAUGAAGGAUUCCGCCAUUUGCAUUCUUUUAGUUACAACGUUGUUCGCCUUGCCUCAGUGCUCGCACUCGGCGAGCCACGCUCCAGGGGAGUCCCACGACGAUCACGAAGAGCAUGAAGGACGUAUCGACGUUUUUCACGAAAUUCUCGAGAAGGAGAUGGUGGAAGGGCCCCAUGUGUUGUCUGUAGACAAACUUCAGGACUUCAUCACCGACCUCUUCUCGCAUCUGGAGGUUCACCAUGAGGAGGAGGAGGAAGAGGAAGAAGAGGAACAUGGGUGCCAUAGUGUGGUG